CAAGAGUCCUUGCAUUCCCAAUCAGACGUUCAUCUCUACCAGAACUCCACCUCCAUGGAUGAAGAAAAAUCAAGAGAUUCAAGCAGCAGUUGAAGGAGCAGAGAGAGAGAGAGAGAGAGAGAGAGAGAGAGAGAGAGAGAGGCUGUAAAGGAUCAAUGUUACGUGCCGCUCGGACCACCCAAGACUUAUUUAUUUCAAUGCCAUUUUUGUAUGGUAACCCUCCAAUUCGAUGAUCAGCAGUCAGCCCUUAGCUUGCUCAGUCUCCCCCUCUUUCUCUCUCUCUCGAUCUGCAAUAAAGAUACCAUUCCACACCUUGGCUUUCGGUGUAGCACGCUGAGAUGGACUGGUGGUUGAUGGCCAUGAGAGCUUAAGCAUUAGGCAUUUGCUUGUGAAUUGUGAUGGGCCGGUCGCCGUGCUGCGAGAAGGUGGGGCUGAAGAAGGGGCCAUGGACGCCGGAGGAGGACCAGAAGCUGCUGGCCUACGUCGAGAAGCACGGACACGGUAGCUGGAGAGCUUUGCCCGCCAGAGCCGGGCUCCAGAGGUGUGGGAAGAGUUGCCGGUUGAGGUGGACCAACUACCUGAGGCCAGACAUCAAAAGAGGGGAGUUUAGUGUGCAGGAGGAGCAGACCAUCAUCCAGCUUCAUGCUCUCCUCGGGAACAGGUGGUCUGCGAUUGCGACGCACCUGCCGAAGAGAACAGAUAACGAGAUCAAGAACUACUGGAACACGCACCUGAAGAAGCGGCUGGCGAAGAUGGGCAUCGACCCCUGCACGCACAAGGCGAAGAGCGACGCCCUCAGCUCUGCCGCUGGCGCCGGCGGCGGGCGCCGCUCACGGAGCGCCGCCAACCUCAGCCACAUGGCGCAGUGGGAGAGCGCACGCCUGGAGGCGGAGGCACGCCUCGUGCGGGAGUCCAAGCUCCGCACGGUCGCCGCUCUGCAGCACCAAAUGGGGUCGUCGCCGCCCUCCUCGGCCGCAUCGCCGCCGGGCUGCCUCGGCGUGCUCCGGGCUUGGCGAGGUCAAAGGUCCGACCUUGAGUCGCCCACCUCCACGCUGAGCUUCGCGGAAGGUCGCCUGCUUAUGGCAGCGGCCGGCGGAGGGCUCGUCGACGGCGACUACCAAGGAGCCAGUAGGAUGGAUAACCUCGCAGGCUUGGAGGUGCCCGACGCGGCCGCCGGAGGUGAGGCACCGUGGCUUGGAGAGGCGUGCGGAUGGGGGCAACUACAAGUCGGCGGAAGCUUCACCGGAAUGCUUCUGGGCGACAAGAAUUCCAACUGCGGCUGUGCCGGCGGCGAUUCUUAUGGAAACAAUGACUACCUGCAAGAGGAGGAAGAGGGGACAGAAAUGAACAAGCACUACUGGAACACCAUUCUCAACUCUGUCAACUCUUCCUCCUCUUCCACCUCGCCGGCGUUCUAGAAUCGAGAAGUAGGCCACUGCUUAAUUCAACAACUUCAUUGCGCGUUUCCAAUUGAAUCUGUAAGAAGCAAACAAAUAAGAUAAAAGAAUUAGGUGCCUGCAUUGGUGCAUUGUCCUGAGAAUGUAACUUCUGUUUUUUUUUUUUUGGUUUGUUUUUGCCUAAAUUUAGUAGUUUUGAAGAACAGGCGAAGUGUUUGUAGCUGAUUACUGUAUUGCUUGCUUAUCAUGUUACUGGCUCACAAAUAUUAGCAAGUUGAAAUACUAGCAAGCAAGUUGAAAGAAC